AUGCAAAAGCAUCUGAAUAGCUUUCAGCGACAAACGGUAAAGCAGCUUGUUCAGAAACUCAAUGAGCUUUCCACUGAAAUGCCGGCGAGCACGAACUUUUUCCAGCGACCGCUGUCAGCCUUCCCUUUUCUCAACUUGUCGUCGACCGAGAAGGAAGCGAUGACGCCUGGUUCCGAGGGAAGCAGUGCCGCGACAACCGCAAAGGCAAAAAGUGGUGCGAAAGAGCAGUCCAUUGCGCAGGAGCGUGAGAUGGUGCAGCAAAAGCUGGACGAGAUCAUCGCGUCCGAGUGCAUGUUCUGCGGUGAGGUAAUGAUCAAGUCGAUUCACACGCCUUUCAUCACACCGGAAGACGAGGCGAACGAAGGCAGCGAGUGGGCCAUUUGA